AUGGAUUACAUAAGUCGGACAUCAGAACUUCACUCCAAACCUGUGCCUGUCUCACGUCUGCAGGAAAAGGAAGAGCUGCAGCAGUUGGCUGACAAGUUCUCAGCUUAUGUCAGUUAUGUUCGGCAGUUGGAUCGGCAUGUUACAGGUCCAGCAGAUUUUGCGGCACUUGUAAAAAUUCACGAGGAAGAGAUUGCUAACCUCAAAAGAAUCUAUGAGGCAGAGUUAGAGAAAUUGAGAAAUGAAAUUGAAGUUGGUGCUCAUAGCAGGAGUUCCUUGCAGACGCAGUGCAACAAUCAGCAGACGAGUAUCUGUGACCUUCAGAACAAACUUUCACAUGAGGCAGACAAGAACUCAAAGCUGCUAGCAGACGUCAGUUUUUUGCAAAAUAAGGUUGAGAAGUUAGAGUCUGAAUUGGGUGCGGCACAUAGCAGGUUACAGCAGCAAGAAAAUGUGGAUCAGCUUAACAGAUGUGUGGAUAAUUUGACAAGGGAAGUAGAUCAGUGGAAACACAGAUUUGACCAUGAGCAACUCGCCAGCAGAGAAUUAGAGAACCAGCUGCAGCAGACGCUGAAGAAAACUGAGUUUUCUGAUCAAGUUCGGGAGCAAGAAAUCAGAGAUUACAAGAAUCGCCUGGAUCUAGCUUUGGACACUAUUAUAUCUUUAGAAGCCGCUCUCCAAGAAGCAAACAAAGUUCCCAUCAGUGAAGUUCUGAAGCAAGUAAAAGAAAAAGUUGAAGCAGAAUUCAGAAGAUACCUAGCUGAGGCAGAGGAACAAUAUUCAAGAAAUUUGUCCAUUCUGAAAGUCCGUAUUGACAGUGAUGCAGAAACUCUUCAGAAACUAUCUUUGGAAAGAAAUGAGCUCUCAGGAAAGAUAGGAGAGCUAAAGGACAAGAUCAGGAAUCUUGAAGGACAGAUUGCAAGUCUUCAUCAUCAAAAUAAAACCCUGGAAGAUGCCAUACUCGCUGAACGUAGACAAGCAGAAGGUAACAUUGCACAUCUGGAAAAUAAAUUCAGAGAUGUGCAAGAUAAGCUGAUGGCAAAAAUGAAUGAGCUUGUUAAUGUACGAGAUUUCAGCACACCUCUUAAAUCUGAGAUUGAAGCACUGAAAGUUCUCCUAGAAGAGGAAGAGAACAG